AUGGAAAGUGAUGCGAGAUGGGUCCAUCACCCGCAUUUUGAUGCAUUGGUCAUUGUCGCCAAUAUUGGCGGAGAUAACGUCCACCGUAUACUCGUGGACAACGGAAGUUCAGUGAAUCUCUUGAACUUCCCAGCCUUUAAACAAAUAGGGUUGCAUGAGAAGGAUCUGCGACCUGUUACGUUGAGUAUAUACGGUUUUACCGGCGACGUCAUUGCAUUGAAAGGGAUGAUAAAGCUCCCGAUUACCUUGGGAACCACCCAUGUAGUAGCCAACUCGAUGGCUGACUUUGCGGUAAUCGACCAAUAUUCGGCAUACAAUGUCGUGAUUGGUCGGCCAAUUUUGAAAGAGAUGAAGAUCGUGACGUCGAUCUAUCAUCUCACAAUGAAAUUCCCUACUCCCGCUGGAGUAGGUUCUGUGCGAGAAUGCUAUCAUGCAGCAGUGAAGCUUGCAGAGAAGAAAUCGGUUAAUGUUAUCUAUCUGUUAGAGGUACCACCUCCUCGCCGCGAGGUCCUUAGGAUAAAAGAAGUGCCACAUAAAGACGAACCAAUUUUUGAUCCUAGGAUCCUCGAUUAUGCUGCAACCGCCCAUGCCGCGGAAGACACUAUUGAGGUCAUGAACUUCUCAGCUUCAUGGAUGCAUACUCGGGAUGUAAUCAAAUCCUGA